AUGGAAAUCACAGGCUAUGCCUUCGUUACUGGUGGAGCGAGCGGUAUCGGCAGAGCCUGCUGCCUAGCUUUUGCCAAAGAGGGGGCCAAGGGUUUGAUCGUGGCUGACAUCAACCUGGAGGGAGCUCGGGAGACGGCUAAUCAAGCUAAGGUUCUUGCUAAGUAUCCGGAAUUUCGAGUCGAUGUCGUCCGGGUCGACAUCAGUGUCGAGGAAUCUGUCAUGACGGCCGUCGCCCAUGCCGUCAAAUACCUUGGUCGUAUUGACUACGCAGUCCACUCCGCUAGUAUUCCUGGCGGAACAUUCGAUCCGAUAGCCGAGGCCAGCUUCGCUGAUAUCAAACGCCUGCUUGAUGUGAGUGUCAACGGAACCUUCCUGUUUACCAGCUUGGUCUCAGCAGUUAUGAAAACUCAAGAGCGACGACAAGCGAGUGCCACCGAUCCAACAAGAGGCACAACCAGAGGAUCUAUCGUUAACUUGUCUUCUGUCUCGGAGUUCAUGGCAGUUUCCAACAUGGUCCAGUACACAACAUGCAAGCAUGCCAUCUCUGGUAUCACCAAGACCGCCGCCCUUGACAAUGCGCCCCUUGGCAUCCGGGUCAACUGCGUGUGUCCCACUUGGACAGACACGCCAAUGACCCGGCGGGCGACGGAUGUGGCACCAGGGUUGGAGAAGGCACUGUUGGCCACCAUGCCCCUGGGCCGCCUGGGACGGCCGGAGGAGGCAGCCGACGCUGCCAUUUUCCUCUGUAGUGCAAGAUCCAGUUUUACCACUGGGACGAGUCUAGUCUUGGACGGCGGAAUGACUCUGUCCUGCUGA